GACGAAGGCAGGAUCCUCUCCCUCCCUCUCUCUCUCCUCUCAGCUCUCCUUCCAACCUCAAAGUAUCAGGAUGCCUCACGCAUAUCCCUUCCUCACUCCUGAGCAGAAGAAGGAGCUCAAUGAUAUUGCUCUGAAGAUUGUGGCUCCCGGCAAGGGAAUCCUCGCCGCUGACGAGUCCACUGGUUAAAGUAAAAAGUGUUGUCUAUCUGGAGGGCACCCUGCUCAAACCCAACAUGGUUACCGCAGGACACUCCUGAUCACAUAAGUACAGCAACCAGGAGAUUGCCAUGGCAACUGUUACUGCCCUGCGCCGCACUGUGCCCCCCGCAGUCCCUGGAAUCACCUUCCUGUCUGGUGGUCAGAGUGAGGAGGAGGCCUCCGUCAACCUGAACGCUAUGAAACAGUGCCCACUGCACAGGCCCUGGGCCCUGACCUUCUCAUACGGCCGUGCCCUGCAGGCCUCUGCCCUGAAAGCCUGGGGUGGCAAGAAGGAGAAUGGAAAGGCAUGCCAGGAGGAGUUCAUCAAGAGAGCUCUGGCUAACAACCUGGCCUGCCAGGGAAAAUAUGUUUCCUCAGGAAGCAGCGCUGCUGGUGGAGAGUCCCUGUUCGUGGCUAAUCAUCCUUAUUAAGCUGGGGCACCCUUUCCACUUCCUUCCCACCAUUGUUACAUCUUAGAAAAGGCAUGUCAUCUAACGAAAUGCCUACGAAAUUGUUUCUCCACUUAUAACCAGAUGCCACUUUCAUGGCAUCUUGAGAGAAAGAUAAGAAAACCUUUCCUUUGGGUUGUUGCUGCAGAUAGGAGAUUCUGAAAAAUGGUCUGCCUCCAUUCCCUUACCUUUUAUUUUUGAACACCUUUUUUUUUCAGGUGAAAAUUCUCAUGCUGUUUUUACACAUCUUGUACUCUAUUCCUUGGUCUGCUUCCACCCAGCCUAGUGUAUAAUUUAUACUGGUGCCUCGGAAUAAAGAAUUUACCCUACCA